AUGUUGAAUACGGCAAUACUGAUGUACAACACCAAUGUGGAAACGAUAAGGUAUGUUAGCACUUCUCUUUUUAAGAUCCCCAAUACUGUUGUUGGUUCGUACAGAAAGCAUACAGGAGUGGAUGCUACUCGAUUGUCACACCGAAUCCAUGUUUGUCCGGUCAGGAAUGUCGAGAGAUGUGCAAGCACUGUUCACUAUAGAGUCAAGGUCCCGAAUAUUGUCUUAACAGAAUGCAACUAUAUCAGAAUGCAUGCUACAGAGAAGGGUAUUGCAGUCGCCCAUGUUAUCACAAGUGCAAAAGGACCCUCAACUACUGCGACACCAUCAAAGUAUCUAGUGUCCUCGAUAAUCUGUCGUCGGUACGAGGAAGAAGUAUGCAUGUUUGGAUGCGACCAGAUUGUCAGAGCAAACCCGUGUUCGUCCACUCGCAAAUGUGAAGACGUGUACGAGUGGUGUUUACAACGUAGUCAAGAACAUCAGGCUAGCAUCAAGCGAUUGAAUGUGAACACAAUGCGAAACAACAUUAAAAACGUCGUGGAGUUGGUGGCGAACAAUUCAUCGGAUCCUACUACGACAAUUGCGGCAACCACGACGGAUCCGAGGGAUGCUGUGUCCUCGAUAGACUGUCGUCGGUACGAGCAAGAAGUAUGCAUGUUUGGAUGCGACCAGAUUGUCAGAGCAAACCCGUGUUCGUCCACUCGCAAAUGUGAAGACGUGUACAAGUGGUGUUUACGACGUAGUCAAAGACAUCUGGCUAGCAUCAAGCGAUUCAAUGUGAACACAAUGCGAAACAACAUUAAAAACGUGGAGUUGGUGGCGAACAAUUCAUCGGAUCCUACAACGACAAUUGCGGCAGCCACGACGGAUCCGAGGGAUGCUGGUAAGAUUUUAUUCCCCAUUUCAAUGUUCCAAUGUCAACUCAGAUUACGUACUGUGACGAUGUCCUCGACAGUCUGUCGUCGGAACGAGGAAGAAGUAUGUAGGAUUGCAUGCGACCGGAUUGUCAGAGCAAACCCGUGUUCGUCCACUCGCAAAUGUGAAGACGUGUACAAGCGGUGUUUACGACGUUGUCAAGAAGACUUCCGGGCUAGCCUCAAGCAACUGGUAGUGAACACGAUGCGAAAGAACAUUAAAAACGUCACGGGGUUGGCGAUGAACAAUUCAUCGGAUCCUACAACGACAACUGCGGCAACCACGACGGAUCCGAGGGAUGCUGGACCCUCAACUACUGCAACACCAGCAAAUUAUCUAGGAUUGGAUGCAGUCGGCUCGUCAUACCAAACCCGUGUCCGUCCAGUCGCAGAUGUGAACACGUGUACAAGUGGUGUUUUGGACAAGAACAUCUGGUUAACCUCAAGCAAUCUGUGGUGA